AGAGAUGUGAAGAGCCAGAGGAGUCCUUUAGAAUUUGGGCAUAUCCUAAUUUUUCUUCAUUAUACACAGUGUUGACUAUUUCAUAUAUACAACUAGUGAGCAACUUUGACCUACCUCAUGAGUCCAAGAUUUUUGAUUUAUGUAAGCUGUGCCUUAUCGAUCUGGGGAGACCGAAUGUGGCACUUUGCUAUGUCUGUGUUCCUGAUAGAACUGUACGGACAAAACCUCCUUCUAACGGCAGUGUUCGGCUUAGUGGUGGCUGGAUCUGUGUUAAUAUUUGGGGUCUUAAUUGGUGACUGGAUUGACAGGACGCCAAGAAAUAAAGUUGCUCACGCCUCGCUCUUCAUUCAGAAUGCCUCUGUCACGGCCUGCUGCGUGGUUCUGAUGCUUGUCUUCUCCUACAAAAGGGAGAUGGAACAAAUCUGGCGUGGCUGGCUCACGGUAGUGUGCUACGCUUCAGUGAUCACCCUGGCUGCCAUGGCAAAUCUGGCUGGCACGGCGCUGACCAUCACCAUUCAGAGGGACUGGAUUGUGAGCCUCACGGGUGACAACCGAGGCCAGCUGGCUGGGAUGAAUGCAGCCGUCCGGCGUCUGGACCAGGUCAUCAGUAUAUUUGCCCCCCUGUCCGUGGGGCAGGUGAUGACGUGGGCAUCUCAUGUAAUUGGUUGUGGUUUCAUUCUUGGAUGGAACUUGCUUUCACUUCUUGUGGAGUUUCUAUUUCUGUCCAGGGUUUAUCAACUAGUUCCCCAAUUGGCUGUAAAACCCCAGCAACGCUCAGGGGGGCAUUUUCUAGAACGGCCACAGGAAACUGUGAACAUCCAAGGUGAAACAGACUUUUGGGAAACUACUGCCGGUUUCAUCCACAAAUCCAGAUCUUUAGACAAACCGAAAGACCACAAAUCUAACCUUGAAGGACAGUGGAACACAGCCAGUGGGUUUCGCCUUUGCCUUCAAACCAUGCGUAGGCUGCUCCACACAUGCCGUGAGGGCUGGGAGACAUACUGCAGGCAGAGCGUGUUCCUGGCCGGCCUGGGCCUGGCAUUCCUCUACAUGACAGUCCUGGGCUUUGACUGCAUCACCACUGGCUAUGCCUACACCCAAGGGAUUGGAGGGUCUCUGCUUAGCAUCCUCACAGCUCUCUCUGCUUUAUCUGGCCUGCUGGGCACAAUUCUCUUCACUUGGCUCCGGGGUCAUUAUGGUCUUGUCACCACAGGCAUCAUUUCCAGUUGGCUUCAUGUAGGAUGUCUAACGCUCUGUGUGUUUUCUGUGUUUGCUCCUGGAAGUCCUUUUGAUAUGGCUGUCUUCUCACUUCCAUUAAACAAGAAUUCUUCUUCAAACCAUGAGUUGCUAAAAGAGGACCAGGUACAUGUGUACUCCUUUGAAAGAAACCUGAACCAACCCAUCCUUCCAGACCGUUCUUCCAUCCACUGGACCAACAGCACCGUUCUGUUUAAUGGACAGCAGGACCCUGAGCAGCCUGAGUCUUACAUCUCCAUCAUUUUGCUCUUCUCAGGUGUGAUCCUGGCAAGAAUUGGUCUCUGGUCAUUUGAUCUCACUGUGACUCAACUUCUCCAGGAGAACAUUCCAGAAGCAGAGCGAGGGGCUGUGAACGGCGUGCAGUGCUCUCUGAACUACCUUAUGGAUCUCAUUCAUUUCGUCCUCGUCCUGCUGGCCCCGAGGCCACAGCAGUUUGGCAUGCUGGUCUUCAUCUCCAUACUGUUUGUCACUACAGGUCACGUGCUGUAUUUUUUUUAUGCAAGGAAGUGUAAGAUGAGAAAUGCCCAUGUGAAUAAGACAAUGAAAAAGAGCACAUGGACACCUCCAACUUGA